CCCAUAAUUAGUGAAGAUCGGGGAAGUGAUAGUUAGGCCGUCUAUUAGCAGAAGGAUGUCAAGCAUCAACUAUGGGUCUGUACCCUGUGCUUUGCAUUUUCUUUGCAUCUUAUCUUCUUCUUCUCUGCAAAUCCGCGGAUAUUAGCUGUCCAAAUCUUUGCUGCUAUUAAUCAUUACUCCAUUUUUUUUUUAUUUUUUUUUACGUUUACAUCCUCAAAUGGCUGCUCAGUAUAAUCAUUUAAGUUAAUCUUCCUACUUCUCCUAGAGUCUUGAAAUGCUAUAAAAUUGCUCAUUAUUCCUCAAUAUAUUUACUUCAUUAAGUUUUCUAGUACUUCAUCUCAUUUACGCAUUAGGACUAUUUUGUGUAAUUUGGAGUACUUAAAUAAAACUUCAAAUGUCUCCUCCUUUCACUAACAAGUAUCCCUUUUUGAUGUUAAUGGUGAUCCUCUGCAUCUUUCUCUUCCCAUUGGAAGCACAAUCCUCUGGUCUCUAUUACUGUUUCUUGCUUAGUGGAUGCGCACAUGGAAAAGCCGCCAUGCAACAACACAUGAUUCAGAACAGAAAGGUGCUUUACAGCUUGAAGGAGAAAGAGACAGUUCCCAUUACCGUAAAUAGAAAAACAAUAAGCCGAGAUGAUGUGGAAUUAAGAGAAGCACCUAUGAGUCCAGACCCUUUGCACCAUAAUGGGGGUAAACCUAGGAAUAAACCUGAGAUUAUGCCAUAG